AUGAUCGAUCUAUUCAAAAUAUUCCUUCUCCUAGCUGGAGUAAGUCUUUCUACGAGCCAUGGAGUUGAUCCUAACUGCAACAUAACCCGGUUUUCUCAAGUGGAAACAGUCGUCAAAAAUUGCAAAAACAUAGUGGUAUCGAACUUGGAGGUACCAGCAGGAAAACAGCUGUUACUCGACCUGCAGGAUGACGCCACUGUAGUUUUCGAAGGUCACACGAAGUUCGGCGUGGCCUUCUGGGAAGGGCAGCUCGUAGUGGUCAAAGGAAAGCACGUUAACGUUCGAGGAGCACCAGGUUCGAUACUGGACGCUCAAGGCGAGAAAUACUGGGAUCAUCGAGGGGACCACGGUAAAGUUAAACCCAAGUUUUUCGCCGUUGAAACCACCGGUGGUUCGGUUUUCAGUAACAUUUACCUGCUCAAUUGCGCCCACUACUGCGUUCAUGUUGGAGCUAAAGACGUUACUAUUAGAGGAUGGACGAUUGAUAACGUGGCUGGGAACAAGGACGGUUUGGCUUUGAAUACGGACGGUUUCGGAGUAGCUUCGCGUUCGGAUAACAUCCUGAUUGAGGAUACUGUCGUCAUGAAUCAGGACGAUUGCGUGGUGGUCAAUCAAGGCACUAAUAUGGUAUUCAGGAACUUGAGUUGCUACGGAUCUCACGGAUUGAGUUUCGCCGUGGGUUUCAGCGGUAAAGACAAGCCCGAAAAUCAUAGCGUAGCUUCGAAUAUAACGUUCGAAAAUUGCCUGGUCGCUAACGGACUGUACGGUAUACACAUCAAAGCCGGUCCUGAUUUCAAUAAGGGCCGCAUCGAGGGUGUUACGUACAGGAAUAUCCAAUUUUCAGGAAUUACUCAAGACGGUAUUUACAUCCAAGAAGAUUACGGUGAUAUCGGCAACUUAAACAGUGAAGUUAAAAUCGAUAAUCUCACCAUAGAGAACGUGUGGGGCUCCGUAAAAGGCCAUCACGCGAGGCCGGUGCAUAUAGUUUGCGGGAGAAACGCUUGCAGUAAUUGGAGAUUCACCGGAAUCAACAUUUUAGGCGGCGGCAAAAACUAUUGUAAUUACAAACCGGAAGGAUUUACUUGCUAA